AUGGACGUCGAUGGUGCCGCCCAGACGCUCCCGCCACCCCAUUCAACGUUCGCUACGCACUGCUACUCGCUGCUCGGCACCAAUUUCGAGUGCCCCGAUCGCUACCACUUGAACCGGCCCGUCGGGCAGGGCGCCUAUGGUAUUGUGUGCUCCGCGCUGGAUGUGCGCACGAAUGAGAGGGUCGCUAUUAAGAAGAUUGCAGGCAUUGUGGAUAAUGUUAUCGACUCCAAGAGGACGCUUAGGGAGAUGAAGCUGUUGAGGCAUUUUGACCAUGAUAAUGUCAUUCGCAUUAAGGAUGUCUAUGUGCCGUCGAGGGACGGGCCCAACUUCCAGGAUGUCUACACCGUCACCGAACUCAUGGAUACCGACUUGCAUCAGAUUAUUUCGAGCAAUCAGGAGCUUAAAGGCGAACAUUGUCAAUACUUUACUUACCAGAUUCUCAAGGCCUUGAAGCAUAUCCACUCGGCCAAUGUGUUGCAUAGGGACCUCAAGCCGUCUAACAUCUUACUAAACGGGAACUGCGACCUCAAGAUAUGCGAUUUUGGCCUCGCCAGGGGGGACCCCAACGACCACGAGGCCCUCACUGUUUACGUCGCUACGCGGUGGUACCGUGCUCCGGAGAUUAUGCUUUCAUAUCGGGGUUACACGAAGGCCGUGGACAUUUGGAGUGUCGGGUGUAUUAUCGGCGAGCUCUUGUUGAGACGGCCCAUGUUCCCGGGUCGUGAUACCGUGCACCAACUGCACUUAGUGACGAAUGUGACGGGGACGCCGACGCCGAGCGAUUUGGCGUCCAUCAACUCGGAGAAGGGGCGGCAAUUUGUGGAACAAAAUCUCAUGAACAAGCCGCGCAAGUCGAUGAGCGAGCUGUUUCCAAAUGUGAAUGAGCAGCUUCUGGACCUUCUUGGAAGGAUGCUGGUUUUUAAUCCGAGCCAGAGGAUUACAGUAGAGCAGGCGUUGACGCAUCCCUACUUACUUGAUUUGCACGACGAGUAUGAUGAGCCGGUGUGUCCAUCUGUGUUUAACUUUGAGUGCGAUCAUAUGGAAAAGGUGAGCAAGACGGCGUUGAGGCAAAUGAUUUGGGCCGAAGCCAACAUGUAUCGGCAAAGGGAUAUGGAAGAGCUUGAGAGACAGGGAAUGCGGUAAGGAAGGGGCGUGCAUGUGUGCGUGUGUAUAGAGUGUGAAUGAUUGCAAUCAAUGAUUGAGGCACGUGCUGUCUUUUUUUUGUUUUGGUAUGACGAUUUCUACUGCCCGAGCUGGGGACUUAACUGAGGUUUAAGGCUUCGCGCUAGGACAGCGGACAGCGGGGAUAGGGACUUAUAGGGGAAUGGUGAGAGAUUGCGGGGUAUGUAGUAGACGAAAAGUGGAGUGGGUUGGGCAUGUCGAAGUUGAUCUUGAAUCUGUGCGCGUAGCAAUGCUUGCGUGCGUGUCGAGCAAUCGGUGUGGGAAUCAUAGAUUGGGGGCAUGCGAGCCGGAGGCGGGACAGGGGAGGGACGAAUGGGGCGUGUGGAAGGACAUGGGUGUGGUACCGGGGUGCAGGCGCAGGAGGAGGGGCGGUGGGAGAGCUUGAGGUUCUGAGGUGGGAGCCUACAAGGCUUGAAAGUUUAGGACUGCACCGGCGGGGUAAGUGUCUCCAAGAAGGGCGGAAGGCGGAUUAUUGGCAUUGAUGGCCUGGUGGGACGCGUUGAUUGUUGUGCGCAGCAUUAAAGAAAUAUACGGCAAAGUCGGAAGUGGAGGACGGCGCCCGUGCCACGUUGUGAUUUACACUCUAAAA